UGCUUUCAGUUUCUUUCUUUUGCGUUUCAGUUUUAAUCAUCGGUUUUUCAUUUGAUCUUUACCCUCGAGCUCCUGCUCGGAUGCGGGAACCGCCAUCACUCUCAGCAGAAUGCGGUCCUACGCCAGCUCUUUGUCGCGAUCUCAGUCGGUGGACUCCUCGGACGCCGGCUCAGCCGCGGAGCGCCGCCUUCGCGAGGCGGAGGAGCGCCUCAGGGAGGCCAUAGAGGAGCUGCAGCGUCGACAGCGUCGCGAGCGUGGUCUCCACCCGCCUUGCGACCACGCCGAUGAAUCCUGCGUCGCCAAUGCCAUCGGUAACCUCUGUCAGAGCUUCCUUCUCUCUUACGGAGUUCGCGUUGGCAUCGGAAUUCUCCUCCGAGCUUUCAAGCUCGCUCGCCGUCAGUCCUAUUCCUCUAUCCUUGACCUCAAGCAACUUGUCUCAGAAAAAGAUCUGAUUGUAAGAGAGGAAGCAUGUCGGAUUGGCUUACUUUUUGGGGGGUUUACUGGUUCCUAUCAUGCUCUAAGGUGUUUGCUGAGAAAGCUGAGAAAGAAAGAAACUCCACUAAAUGCAAUUUUAGCAGGUUCAGUUGCAGGUCUGUCCAUCUUAGCACUAGAAGAUUCCAGCCGGAGGCGCACACUUGCUUUGUAUCUUCUAGCUAGGGUAGCCCAGUGUGCAUAUAACUCUGCUAAAUCCAAGAACAAAUUUCACCUUUGGGGAAGUCAUUGGAGUCAUGGAGAUUCUUUGCUCUUUGCUUUAGCUUGUGCCCAGGUUAUGUAUGCCUUCAUCAUGCGCCCUGAAAGCUUGCCAAAAUCAUAUCAAGAUUUUAUUCAGAAAACUGGCCCUGUUUCAGCACCAGUUUACAAGGCAGUUAAGGAUUGUUGCAGGGGCUCACCAGUAGAUGUUGCGUCACUAUCUGCUUAUUUAUCCUACAAAAAGAUUCCAAGCAAUGUGAAGCUGGAAGAAUUCCCUUCUAUUAUUCCAUGUUCUUUGAUUCAUGCUGGCACCAACUCCUGUUUGGUACACAAUGCUAACGCAACAGCAGCUACUUUUCGGAAAACAUUUCCUCUCUACUUCUCUUUGACUUUUGUUCCAUUUGUUGUUCUGCGCUUGCAGAAGUUUAUGGCUGCCCCUGUACGCACCUGUUGGCAUGCUCUUACUGGAGCUGUCCGUUCAACAACUUUUUUGUCAGCUUUUGUUGGGAUCUUUCAGGCAGUCAUAUGCUUGCAUAGAAAGGUUGCAACGAAGGACCAUAAGCUUGUAUAUUGGGUUGCGGGAGGAGCAUCUGGCCUCUCUGUGCUAUUAGAGAAAAAAGCAAGACGUUCUGAGCUUGCCUUGUAUGUUCUUCCACGAGCUGGGGAAUCUUUAUGGGGUAUUCUAGUAAAUCGCCAUUUGAUGCCUGAUGUCAAGAAUACAGAGGUGGCCUUGUUCUGUGCUUGCAUGGGGGGAAUCAUGUACUACCUGGAGCACGAACCAGACACGAUGGCUCCAUUCCUGAGGGGCCUGAUUCGCCGAUUCCUUGCCAGCAAAAUUAGCAACCUUAGUCCUUCAUCAAAUAGGAGUGCAUCUUAUACAUAUCUGCAAGCUCUUGAUGCCAUGAAGAAACCAAAAGAAAAUCAAGACGCUGAAACUUCAACUACAGAAAAAUAUAAUCUUGAAUCCAUACCAGGACUCUGAGCUAUAUUCAUGUUCGUAAACCCGGCCUGCAGCUCUAUUUAUAUACUCCAUAUAAUUUAUAAUCUGUCACCGGCAGCAGCAGUGAUGCUUAACCCAUUCUCAUUCAAAGAAAGAGGGUAUCAACAACGACACCAGCGCCUCUUACCUUCCAGAACUGAUGGCUCGUUUUGUUGUAUUCUGAUAGAACGGUUGUUUUAACAGCUCAAGACUACGUACUUUACAUGAUUUAUUCCUUCUUCUGACGUAGUACAUUGUCUUUGGAUAAACAGGUAUUGUUCAUUAAAAUGUUUGACUGUAUACUAGUAGUAUUCAUAUUCCUUUCGACAAAUUUUGCAUUUCUUGUUGGGUUUGUGUCCGUAAUUCAUCCUUAACAUUCUUGUGGGUGGUGUUAGUUUAAACUUCUAGUUGAAGUUGAAGGGAUACUGUCCGUUAUCCGUUGUAUUUUUAUUGACAGUUUUAAGUCUUUAAAUUAUCAUUUGUUUAAAAUUGAAAUGUA